CUCGGUUAGUUGUGUUUCUCCCUCCCUCUAAGCAACACCCGGGACUCGACUUCUUGACUCAGCCUUUGCCUUCCUCCCUUACGCCACCUCGCCACCGACCUUCACCUCCUCCUCCACCUCCUCUUUCUCCUCCUUCUCUUCUUUCUGCUUCCUUCUUCCUCCUCCUCCUCCUCCUCCUCUUCUCUUCCUCCAUCUCCUCAUAUCAUUCACUCCCGCCUUCACCUGCCGUGGAUGUUUAUUUUUUUUUUUUUAUUCAUUAUUGGUUUGUGUUGUGAUUUAUUUAUAGAAUAGGUGCAUCUUUUGAUUUUUCUUCUAUUGUUCUUCCUCCUCCUCCUCCUCCUCCUUCUCUUCUCUUCCUUCAUCUCUUUGUAUCAUUCCCUCUCUCCUUAACGUGUUGUAUGUGUUAUUGUAGUCUUUAUUGAUUUAUUGUAUUUUAUGUAACUGGAUCGUCUUUUGUUUUUUUCAUCUAUUACUCUUCCUCCUCCUCCUCCUCCUCCUCCUAUCUUCUGUCUCCCAAUUCACUUGUUACUUACUCUCUUUAAAGUCUCAGUUGUUUUUCUCUCCCAUCAUUGGUCUACCUUUUGUCGUAUGCAUUGCGCCCUCAUUCACCUGAUUUUGCCAACCUUUUUCAUCUUGUAUCUUUGUUAUGGUUCUUCUUAACAUCACCGGUUGCUAAGUGUCGGAAGAUUAGUGACUUCGAAUUAAGGAAAAAUCUCCCCUUCCUCUGUCCAAGCGGUUUUAUAGGGAGAGGUGCUGGUGGUGCUGGUGGUGGUGGUGGAGGUGACAGGCACUGGUGGUGGUGGGGAUGUGAAGCCCAGGUGAUUAUUUUCUGUGAGCCGCGGGGCAUCGCUCGCAAGAUUGCAUCAAAGGGACGUUACCACAAAGGGCUGACUCUUCCCCGCAACGCUGAAGCUGAAACUGCAAAAACAGGAGAGAAAUAGAACAGCAGCCGCCGUGUUCCUCAAAACCGGGAUGGAACUCAUGUGAAUCCGCGUAUUUUUCCCUAAUAAUUCGAUGGGUUUUUCCUGCCAUCGAAGGACGAAGUGACGUGCAAUGGUGUGUCAAAGGGAAAGUUCUUGUUCCGUCUGAGCUCUGGGGGAAUUUACGGUGUGUGUGUGUGUAUGUACGUGUGUGUGCGUUUGUGUGGGCCUGUGUGCUGGUCGAUGAGUUGAGUUUUUAGCCUGCUUGUGAUAUUUAUGGCGGAGACAUGCAUCCCAUUAUCUGAAAUUAAACUGACCGUAAUAGAAACGAAUUCAGGAAGAAGAAAAAAAAUCAAACUGGAACACUACUUUUUGAUAUUUUAAUGCACGGCUGAAAUUACAAACUAUAUGCCCCAACCAAUCCCGAGAAGAGUCAGAAGAAAACUCUACAAAAGCUUGAAGGACGUACGCAUCAAAUAGCGUGAAAAACAAAACAAAAAAAAUCACCCGAAAUAUUCACCCAAAUUACGGAUACGUUAAUCACAUCCUAAGAAGAAGCAUCAUAGAAGGACAUGAAGUGAAAGACACCGUGAACAAAUCCAUCUGCAAUCACUAAAUAACAAAUAAUUCGACUGAGGUGAGGAUGGCGGCAUGGACUUAAGGUGUGACUAUCCUUCGUCUUGGUGACUGUGGACCCUUCCGCUGGUGUGGCCCUGGUGUUGGUGUGUGGCCCUGGUGUUGGGUUGCCUCUGUGUUGGUGUGUGGCCCUGUGUUGGUGUGUGGCCGUGUUUGUUUGUGGCCCUGAUGUUGGUAUGUGGCCCUGGUGUUAGUGUUGUGGUGUUGUUGGUGUGGUGACUGUGUUAUCCUGGUGGCCCUCUGUUAGUCCAAUGACCCUGAGUUAGCCUGGUAACCUUAUACCCUGGCUGUCGCUAGUCGUCUUGGACCCGUGUUGGAACUGCUGCCCGUGUUGGUGUGGUCCCGUGUUAUGUACUGCUGCCCUCUGUUACUGUGGCCCCGUGUCGGCGUGACCCUGUGUUAGUACUGCUGCCCCGUGUUAGUGCUGCUUCUCCGUGUCGGCGUGACCCCGUGUUAAUACUGCUGCCCUGUGUCGACGUGGUCCCUUGUCGCCGUGGCCUCGUGUUAGUGCUGCUGCCCUGUGUCGGCUUGGCAGGGAUGAGGCUGGGGAGGCGGUGGACGCGGGUGGCUGCCGUGGUGAUGGUGAUGGUGACGAUGACGCUGCAGGUGCCGAGAGUGAGAGUGUGGCGCACCGACAGACUCCCCAAGGUGUACGGGAGCAGACUACAGCUUCGGUCCCUCCAGCCUGGCAAGUACAAGGUUCAGCGGCGCCUCGUCCACUUCCAUAACAUGUUCCGGUCGAAGGUGAAACCCCAGGCGGCGAACAUGCUGGCGAUGAGCUGGUCGAAGGAGGUGGCCUUGGACGCGCAACGGUGGGCCGACGCCUGUCAACUUCUGGUGCACGACAACGCCACGGGCCGCACGGUGGACGCCUUCGGGCCCUGCGGACAGAACAUCUUCGUCUCCACGCAUCAAGUGCCCUGGCACUUCGCCGUCAAGACUUGGUGGCUGGAGAAGGACCACUUUACCUUCAACGGCGCCAAUGACCUCAAGGUGGUUGGUCACUACACGCAGCUGGUGUGGCACUCCUCGCACCAGCUGGGCUGCGGCCUCGCCCACUGCGCCCACGCCAAGCCGAGGCCGUUCUUCAACUACGUGUGUAACUACUGUCCCAUAGGCAAUUUCCUGGAUCGCAUUGGCCGUCCCUACGACUCUGGCUCGCCCUGCAGCGGAUGUCAAGGUUACUGUAAGGGGCGGCGUCUUUGUACGAACUCCUGCCCUUACGGCGACCUCUGGAUGAACUGCAAGGAGCUACAGCGCGCCUUUCCCGACUGGCUUUGCAAAUCGAAGACGAAGGAAGGACUGGAGAGACUUCGAAGCUGUCAGGCGACGUGCAAGUGCAAGGGGAAGAUUACCUACCCGUGAGUGUGUUAACUGGAGGUGGUUGUGGUUAUUGGUGGCUGUGGUUUGGGUAGUGUUGAGUCCUCUGUGUUGUGGUAGAGGUAGUUUGUGGUGUUGCUGAAGGUACUGUGUUGCGAGUACUGGUGGUAGAAGUGGCAGUGUACACGUGAAUUUUUAGUGAUAACUGAAGGUAGUGUCGACAAAUUUGUGUUGUAGUAGUGGUAGUUUGUGGUAUUGUUAAAGGUAGUGUAGUGGAAGUAGUGGUGGUGGAAGUGGCAAUGUACUCGUGGAAUUUUUUAGUGAUAUAAGUGAAUGCUUCUUGUUAUUUUUAUACUACUUUUUAUAUGCAGAUUUUACAUGUUGUUAAUGAUGAUAGUGGUGGUAGUGGUGGGCAGAAAUGUAUAAGUGAGAUCAUGCAUUGCCCAGCUUUAGCCUAAUUAAUAGCCUUCUGUAGUGAGUCCGCUGCAUUGUGGCGGAGUAUAAAUAGUGAUUAGUGAGUAUUUAAAUACGUAUAGUGGAAUGAAUUGCUUUGUCGAUGAAACACACACACACACACACACACACACACAUUCUCUCUCUCUCUCUCUCUCUCUCUCUCUCUCUCUCUCUCUCUCUCUCUCUCUCUCUCUCUCUCUCUCUCUCUCUCUCUCUCUCUCUCUCUCUCUCUCUCUUUUGUGACAGUCACAAGUACACGCGUGAGAGCGCCAUUAAUGAGAGGCUACACACCACUGGCUCGGCGGCAUUAGCUACCUGUGCAGGUGUAACAGUAUUACCUAAGUGUCCUGGGCUGCCACUGGUCGCCUUGUACUGCUUCUGUUCCUGCGGUAUUGGAAUAAAAUAUAAUAUGUU